UCUGUCAGCAGUGUUGUUGUACGGUACUGAGAAGCCACAGCUGUGACUAUGAUUCAAUAUAAUGGAGAAAUAUGGAGAUAUCAGAGACUGGGAUUAUUGAGUACACCUACAGAGAUUUGGACUGGACAUAAAACUGCCACAGGCUUCUGAUCCCACUGCAGAUAUUGGUGUUUUCUGGAUAUAACGCAGUGAAGUUACAGGAAUCUUUGUCACUCCGGACCAGAGGAAGACAAGGGGGCCUGAAAUUACACGGACGGCGGUUGAAGUUGAGCUACGGGCUGCGCUAGCUAAGUUAGCAUUUAGCCAGUAACAGCAAGUCCUUUUUAAUCACGGAGAUGUGUAGUUAUUAAAUGCAGUGCCAUGUGUUGCAUUGCGUAGCGUAACGCAUAGCGAGUGUCAGUGUCUUUUAAUAUCUACCGUGUUUGAUAACUGCUGGCAACGAUAGCACCAGUGCUAACUGCUAAGCUAACUAGCUAGCUCUCUGGCAGGGGAUAGCUUGUUGUUCCCCACAGAGCUUUUCUUAAAUGGGAACAAAAACACAGCCUCCAGGUUAGCUAGUUUUUUUGCUAACUAGACAAAUAUAUGAUUCGUAAAGGUAUUUGCUCCUAUACUUUGCAAAGUGGCUUAUUAUAAUUAUUAUUCCAGGCAAUAAGCAUGUUUUUCUUCUCUACGUAGACUUAUGCCACCAAGCCAAAAAGAGUCAUCCCGUCCGGAUACAGCUUAGUUGCACUUAUUUUCAGCAAUAAGGAUGUUAUCUUUUUCAAGUAAGACAUUCCUUUGAGAUUGGAAGCUCUUUUUUUUUUAUCUGAAAAGGUGCUCUGAAUUUGUAAGACUGUUAACGAAAAAGAGGCAUAACAAAGACUUCAAGUUGGUGGACACAACAUUCGGUUCAUGGCAUAACAAGCCUUUGUUUUGGUUCAAGUGUGUAGAACAACACACACGGGGGAAGUUUACAGUCAUUCAUCUUCAGCCCCUGGACUCAGACGGGAUGCACCAUGGGCAGCCAGGGCAGCCCAGUGAAAAGCUACGACUACCUGCUCAAGUUCCUCCUGGUGGGAGACAGCGAUGUGGGCAAAGGAGAGAUCCUGGACAGCCUGCAGGAUGGAUCUGCAGAGUCCCCGUACGCGUACAGUAGUGGUAUCGACUAUAAAACCACCACCAUCCUUCUGGACGGGAAGAGAGUGAAGCUGGAGCUUUGGGACACCUCAGGCCAGGGGAGGUUCUGCACCAUCUUUCGGUCAUAUUCCCGCGGGGCUCAGGGGAUCCUGCUGGUGUAUGACAUCACAAACCGCUGGUCCUUUGACGGCAUCGACAGGUGGAUCAGAGAGAUCGAUGAGCAUGCACCAGGAGUGCCUCGGAUCCUCGUUGGUAACCGGCUGCAUCUGGCCUUCAAACGGCAAGUUCCCACGGAGCAGGCGCGGGCAUACGCCGAGAAGAACGGCAUGACCUUCUUCGAGGUGAGCCCGCUGUGCAACUUCAACGUCAUCGAGUCGUUCACGGAGCUGUCGCGCAUCGUGCUCAUGAGGCACGGCAUGGAGAAGUUCUGGAAGCCCAACAGAGUGUUCAGCCUGCAGGACCUGUGCUGCAGAGCCAUCGUGUCGUGCACGCCGGUCCACCUCAUCGACAAGCUGCCGCUGCCCGUCGCCAUCAAGUCGCACCUCAAGUCCUUCUCCAUGGCCAACGGCAUGAACGCCGUCAUGAUGCACGGACGCUCGUACUCCCUGGCCAACCCCGCCGGCGGCUCCAAGGGGAACAGCCUGAAGCGCUCCAAGUCCAUCCGUCCGCCUCAGAGCCCGCCGCAGAACUGCACCCGCAACAACUGCAAAAUCUCCUAGUAAACGCUCAGGAGGCGGUUGUUCAGGAUGUUAGAGGAAAAGAGCACAUCCCUAAACCUGAGGAGCUGAAGAGCAAGAAUGAUGGAUAAAGGGAUGGCUUCCUGCUCUCUUAAAGAGCCUUUCCAGAGGAGAAGCCCCUCCGGAUAUCAGAGGACAGCACGGAAAAACAUCUGGGUCUCCACAGACCGGACCCCCACGAGAGUCACCGCUGGCGUUUUAACUACCUGUACAGAACUCUCUCACAAACGUAUUUAGUUCCUGGACAUGAUGCACGCCUCAUUGUGUGUGUGCAUCACAGAAAUCACCUCAACAUUCUUCACUUUGUGUGUCUCACAUUACCCUCUUUCUUCUGGUUAUAAGUCCACACCCAGUUUAUUUGCUGUUUUAAUGAUCAAGACACUAGUAACCAGUCAGUCAUUUUAUUGAUCAUUGUUUCUCCUCCGCUGGCUGUAACGGUUCCGUUUGAAAACUCACGGGCGAAUUCACAAAGAAUGGAUUGUGGCUGCUGAUGGCAAAGUCCCUCACUAAAGAUAACACGGCGCUAAUAUGAUUACAACACACCACCAAUGUUUUGCACUUGAGUGCAUUUAGCUAUUUGUGACAUGGAUACAAGGCAGAAAGAACAUUUAAAAAAUACAUUUCCAGGCCGUGAGCUGCAGCUCCUGAAACACAAGAUGCAGUCAUUCUUUCAGAAGCUUCAUGCAAGGAAUGUCAAUGUGACAAAGAGAACGCUUUCUAGGAUUCAACCACCAACUCUCCGAAGUUAUCAUUUCCCUGAAACUGCUUGUGCGCUGAUCUUUGUGAAUUGGACUCUUUUGUGCCACGUUUCUGCACAUGACCAAAUGUAAAUAUGUUCAAAUAGCACAGCAGCACAUUUAAACCACGGCGAAAGCGUUAAGAAUGACAUAUUUCUCUUUGUCUUGUAUAUAUGAGCCGCAGAAGUCGUGCAAUCCUUUUUGUGAAUUCGCCCCUCGUUUCGCCUCGGAGGUUAAAACUCUCUCUAAAGGGAAAUCUUGGCGACAACCUGAGUGAGGGUUUAACAGCCGGUGUCUUCAGGACCACCUUUAAAAUCGUUUAAAAGACGCAGCCUGAUCCAGAUCUCAGGUCCGGACAUGCUGGUGCGCAGGAGUCCAUUCCUGAAUAUUCCCGUAGAGAUGUCAAUAUAAACACAAACUGCAUUUGUAAUGAGUCCGUUCACCUGAACCUAACCGGCUUAAAGGAAGAAGAAAAAAUUGCACAGAUGAGUCAAAUUCCCCGUUUCUCUCAUUAGAGUUUGUUUUCAUUUUUUAUUGUUUACACAACCACUUUCCGCGGCAAGGGAUCCAGCGAUGCUUGUUGCCAUAGAUACCACUCAAUACCUUUUUUGUGAAAUAUGUAUUUUUAACUCUCAUCCACUCGCAUCCCAUUACGAGCUAGUCCUUUCUUGGCCAAAGGGCUUCUGGGAGUUGUAGUCAGGAGAGGUAAAGCCUCACACACUGUUGGAUACAGGCAGAGAUUACUUUUUACUAUCACUCCUUUUUUUCCCCACUCUCCCAAAUGUUUAGAGACACCUUCUUCUUCUUGUGUUCACAUUUCACACCUCCAGGCUUUUAUUUGAACUAAAACUCUGCUCCGUCAUAGUGGAACUCAAAUAGCGGGGGGGCAUAUCACUUUAAUUCUCCUGUUCUCUGCACUGUGUAGAAUUCCCCCAUCCCUCCCAGCCGUGUUUUCCAUACAUUGAUUAGAGGUGGAGCGAGAGGAAGUGCAGAUAUCUGAGAGGGC